AUGCGUUCCUUCAGUUUGCUUGCCGGCCUCAGCCUUCUGGCUGGCACCGUCUUGGCAAGUCCUGUCGACCUCCCCAGACGCACGACUUCGACCGGCAAAUCCGUGCUGUACUGGGGCCAGAAUGGCGGUGGAGUUGAGGAGAACAACGACCCUGGCACAUACUGCAACGGCACCGCCGGUGUUGAUAUCCUGAUCCUUUCCUUUUUGUACCAGUACGGAAAUGGCGUCACCGUUCCCGGAGGGUUGUUUGGCCAAACCUGCCAGGUUCUUUCGAAUACUGGAAGUGCCCAGGGCUGUGAUGAAGUUGCUGCUGCUGUCACCACUUGCCAGGAGAACGGUAUCCAGGUAUUCCUAUCAGUCGGAGGCAGUCUUGGUGGCUACUCGCUCUCUUCUAUCGAGGAAGCUGAAGCUAUCGGCCAAUACCUGUGGGAUGCCUACGGUAACGGAGUCAACUCCAGCGUCACUCGUCCCUUUGGCGAUGCCAUUGUCAACGGUUGGGACUUCGAUAUUGAGAACCCUGACGGUAGCGAGUACUACCCCUACCUGAUCUCAACCCUGCGCUCCAACUUUGAGACCGACAAGGAGAACACCUACUACAUUUCCGGUGCACCCCAAUGCCCCAUCCCGGAGCCUAACAUGGGCACGAUGAUCGAGGACUCUGUCUUCGACUACUUGUGGGUGCAGUUCUACAACAACAACAACUACACCUACCCGUGCGCCCUCGGUAUCAACGGAGACGCUGCAUUCAACUACGACGAAUGGGAGUCCUUCAUUGCCACGACCAACUCCUCUGCUGCUGAGCUCUUCGUCGGUGUUCCUGCCUCUCCCCUGGGCGCCAACGGUCUGGAGAGUGGCUCAGUCUACUACGCCACACCCGAACAGCUCCUCCCCAUCAUUGAAUCUGUUUCGUCAAACUACAGCAAUUUCGGUGGCAUCAUGAUGUGGGCUGCUGGUUUCUCCGACAACAACGUUAACGACGGCUGCACUUUUGCCCAGGAGGCCGAAACCAUCCUUCGCCUUGGAGAGGUAUGCUCCGGAUCGUUCACGGCCACUGCUUCUUUGGCCCCCGUUGUGCCAACCCCGACUUCCGGCCUCAGUGCCACUGCUACCGCGUCUGCUACUGGAACUCCAGUUGCUGCGUGGGGACAGGUAUAA